AUGUCAAACGUGAGCAACGCCCUCAUUUGGGAAUUAACCAAAAAGAACAACUGCUUUUUAAAAAAGAACAAAAGUGGAAGAAAAGGAAAUUUCCUAUGCGACUCGUACAAUAUUAACUGCAAGAACACGCCCUCAAGCAGUGGACUCGUGAAACACAAUGGCGUAAAUCUCCGAUUGCAGAAGGGGAAAGUUGUGUUGUGCGUCAAAUCCAAGGAUCAAAACACCACCACGAACAAUGUAUACAGAACCAAGAAUAAGGGAACAGCCAUGAAGCUAAUUGAUGAACACACAAAGCUUGUAAGUAGCAAGAACAAGAAACAGCUAAUUAAGAAAUACAACCGUAUGUCCAAAAUGUACAAUUGCAACAACAAGGGGAAUAAAUAA